AUGGCGUCAACGCCGUUCAUGUGCCUGAUAGGGGCAUGGUGCGUCCUGAUCGCCAAGCUGUACUGGGGCCACAGGAGAAAAGAGAAGCUGCCCCAGGGCUCCAAGCCGCUGCCGGGACCCAAGGGCCUCCCUCUGAUCGGGCGUGUCCAUGACGUGCCGCCUGUCAUGACAUGGCUCAAGUUCCAUGAGUGGAGUAAGAAGUACGGUCCCAUUUACCAGAUGGAGAUGUUCGGCCAUGUGCACGUAUGGAUUUCGUCGGAGCAGAUAGUCCAAGACCUGCUCUCGCGGCGCGCGGCCAUCUACUCGGACCGACCCACCAUCCCGAACCUCCCUGACAACCGCACCAGCGGUGACUACCUCGCGCUGGCUGGCAACAACGAGACGUGGAAGCGUCAGCGCAAGCUGUGCAACCAGAUGAUGGCAACUAGCGCCAAGGGCGGUCUGCACUCGUACCCGACCCGCGAGCGCGACCGGUUCCUGCAGCUCAUGGCCCUGGACUGUGGCAACUAUGUCGAGUGGAUCGAGCAGUUCACCGCCCGCACCGUUUCGCGUCUGUCAUGGGGAUCGCCGCACCGCCAGGCCACGCUCCGUGAGACCACCUUUGGCCUGCUUGAAACCAUCUCGCCCGGCGGCUCGCUGCCCAACGUCGUCGCCUGGCUCGGUCACCUGCCAUUGAAGUUGAGCCCCUGGCAGAAGAGGGAGAAGGCCCGGCACGCACGCGAGAAGGAGCUGCUGGUGGGCAACGUCUCGGACGUCAAGGCGGCCAUGGCCAACAACACGGCCGUCCCUAGCUUUACUCGCACCUUCCUCGAGGAGCUCGAGCGCAACCCGCGCGGCAGCAAGGCCGAGGACGACGCGCACGUGGCUGAAGCGACAUAUGUCGUGGGCCAAAUGGCCAUCGCCGGCGCCCUCACCAUUGGCAGCCCCAUCCAGAGCUUCCUCCUUGCUAUGCUGCACUACCCCGACUGGCUCGCGCGCCUCCAGAGCGAAAUCGACACCCAACUUGGCGGACGCUGCCCGCAGUGGGACGACCGCGAGCAGCUGCCCAUGCUGCGCGCCGUGGUUAAGGAAACCCUGCGCUGGCGCCCACCUGUUCCCACCGGCAUCCCACACGCGAGCGAGAAGGACGACGUCUAUAACGGCUACUUCAUCCCCAAGGGCGCCACCAUGCACUCGCUGGAGUGGUCCCUGACACGCAACGAGGAGACGUACCCCGACCCCGAGGCCUUCAACCCUGCACGCUGGCUGGAGCCAUCGUACCCAACUUACAAGGAACCCCUCACCAUCUACCCCAACCUGGCCGGAUACAGUCAAUUCGGCUUUGGACGGCGCACGUGCCAGGGUGUUCCCAUCGUCGACCAGGACCUCUUCCUCGCAAUGGGUGGCCUCGCCUGGGCCUUUCAUAUCCGCCACAAGCUCGGCUAUGACGGCAAGCCCAUCCCUGUCCACUGGAACUCGUACUCGUCUCUGCUUAUUGCCAAGCCGCUGCGCUUCGACUUCGACUGCGUCCUGCGCGAUGGCAAGGGCCCUAUUCUGGACCGCAUGGCCUCGGCCGCGCGUGAGAUUGAAGAGGAGGAGAUCAGGAUCGCAGGUCUGGUCGCUAGCGGAAAGCCUAGCCACAACACCGUCGCCGCCACUGUCAGCGCAACCGAAAAUGCCCCCGCCGUGAAGGCUACCCUUGCCAAGCCGCGUGUGACCAUCGUUGAGAAGGAGGCCGGCAACGACGAGAUCAUGUCGGAGACGGGCACUCUCGCUAGCGGCAGCGAUAGCGACUCGGACAGCCUACGCGACUCGAUGCUCCUGUCUGCCGCCGCCAGCGAGGGCGGCUCUAGCGUCUACUCGAGCGACUCGGACGAGCCACGGAGGGAGAAGAAGCCCAUUACCGGGCCAAAUAUGAAGACGGCCGCGAGCAUCAUGUUUCCCUAG